UUCACGAGGAACCAACCGAGGCACACGGUCAGCCUCUCUGCAUUCAUGACAUCCCCUUAAACGCGUUCCACACGAGUGAUGUGAUCUGGACUGCGCGGAUGUUCAGUUGACUGUGAUUGCAGGAACACUGUGCGAUCAUCAUCAUGGCUGCGUCUGAGUUAUACACAAAGUAUGCACGGGUUUGGAUUCCAGACGUAGAGGAAGUGUGGAAAUCGGCAGAACUCACCAAGGACUACAGACAAGGAGACGGAGUGCUGCAGCUACAACUAGAGGAUGGAUCGGAACUGGAAUAUAAAUUGGACCCCAAAACAAACAACUUGCCGCACCUGCGUAAUCCAGAUAUUCUGGUUGGAGAGAAUGACCUGACAGCGCUCAGCUACCUGCAUGAGCCCGCUGUCUUACACAACCUCAAAGUGCGCUUCAUUGAUUCCAAACUCAUCUACACUUACUGUGGUAUUGUUCUAGUUGCCAUAAACCCAUAUGAGACACUGCCCAUCUAUGGAACCGACAUCAUUAAUGCGUACAGCGGGCAGAAUAUGGGCGACAUGGACCCACACAUCUUUGCAGUGGCAGAAGAGGCUUAUAAACAGAUGGCCAGAGAUGAGAGGAAUCAGUCCAUCAUUGUGAGUGGAGAAUCUGGUGCGGGUAAAACUGUCUCUGCCAAAUAUGCCAUGCGGUACUUCGCCACCGUCAGCGGCUCUGCCAGCGAGGCUAGUGUGGAGGAGAAAGUCCUGGCAUCCAACCCCAUCAUGGAGUCCAUAGGUAACGCCAAGACCACCAGGAAUGACAACAGCAGUCGCUUUGGGAAAUAUAUUGAGAUUGGCUUUGAUAAGAAAUAUCACAUCACUGGAGCAAACAUGAGGACGUAUCUACUAGAGAAAUCACGAGUCGUAUUUCAGGCGGAUGAAGAGAGAAACUAUCACAUCUUCUAUCAGCUGUGCGCGUCAGCUAAACUGCCUGAAUUUAAAGCCCUCAAACUGGGCAUGGCUAAUGAUUUUCACUACACUAAACAAGGCAGGAACCCGGUGAUAGACGGUGUGGAUGAUGCAAAGGAGAUGUCGAGCACCAGGAAUGCCUUUACGCUGUUAGGUGUGAACGAGACCUAUCAGAUGGGCUUGUUUCAGAUUCUGGCUUCCAUUUUACACCUAGGGAAUGUGGAAGUGAAGGACAGAGACUCAGACAGCAGUGUUAUUCCACCAAACAACGGUCACCUGAGUGUGUUUUGUGAGUUAAUGGGCAUUACGUAUCAGGACAUGUCUCAUUGGCUGUGUCAUAAGAAGCUAAAGACAGCGACCGAGACCUACAUAAAGCCCAUUCCCAAACUACAGGCCAUAAACGCCCGUGACGCUCUUGCUAAACAUAUUUACGCCAAACUCUUCAACUGGAUCGUCGAUCAUGUGAACAAAGCUUUGCAUUCCACGGUCAAACAGCACUCGUUCAUCGGCGUCCUAGACAUUUACGGGUUUGAAACAUUUGAGAUCAACAGUUUUGAGCAGUUCUGUAUUAAUUAUGCCAAUGAGAAACUACAGCAACAGUUCAACAUGCAUGUGUUUAAGUUGGAGCAGGAGGAGUAUAUGAAGGAGCAGAUCCCCUGGACUCUCAUUGAUUUCUAUGACAAUCAGCCGUGUAUCAACCUCAUUGAGGCCAAGAUGGGCGUCCUGGACCUGCUGGAUGAAGAGUGCAAGAUGCCGAAGGGUUCUGAUGACUCGUGGGCUCAGAAACUGUAUAACACUCACUUGAAGACGUGUGCACUUUUUGAGAAGCCGCGGAUGUCCAAUAAAGCUUUCAUUAUUCAGCACUUUGCAGAUAAGGUGGAGUAUCAAUGUGAAGGUUUUCUGGAGAAGAAUAAGGAUACAGUGAAUGAGGAGCAGAUAAAUGUGCUGAAGGCCAGUAAGUUUGACCUGCUAGUGGAGCUGUUCCAGGAUGAGGAGAAAGCCACGAGUCCGGCCGGAGCUGUUCCUGCCACUGGAGGGCGCACUCGCCUCAGCGUCAAACCAGACAAGAUCAGGCAAGCCGGCCAGGCCAGCAAAGAGCACAAGAAGACUGUCGGACUGCAGUUCCGAAACUCCCUGCAGUUGCUAAUGGAGACGCUGAAUGCAACAACGCCACAUUACGUUCGCUGCAUCAAACCCAAUGAUAACAAAUAUGCCUUCACGUUCGACCCAAAGAGGGCAGUACAGCAGCUGCGCGCAUGUGGAGUUCUGGAAACAAUCCGCAUCUCUGCGGCCGGGUUCCCGUCUAGGUGGACAUAUCAAGAGUUCUUUAGCAGGUACCGUGUACUGAUGAAGCAGAAAGAUGUUUUGACAGAUAGGAAGAUGACCUGCAAGAAUGUUCUGGAGAAUCUGGUGCAGGAUCCAGAUAAGUACCAGUUUGGCAAGACCAAGAUCUUUUUCCGGGCGGGGCAGGUCGCUUUCUUGGAAAAACUACGUGCUGAUAAGCUGCGUGCUGCCUGCAUCCGUAUACAGAAGACGAUCCGCUGCUGGCUGGCACGCAAGAAGUACCUGCGCAUGAAACACGCUGCCACGACCAUUCAGAGAUACGUCCGUGGAUACCAGGCCCGCUGUCUUGCAAAGUUCCUGCGGCGCACACGUGCUGCGAUCAUCAUUCAGAAAUACCAGCGCAUGUAUGUGCAGAGAAGGUGUUAUAAACGCAAGCAGGCUGCAGCACUGGUCAUGCAGUGCAUACUCAGAGCGUACAUGGCCAGACAACUGUACAAAGCGCUGUUGCGCGAGCACAAGGCCGUCAUCAUUCAGAAGAUGGUUCGUGGCUGGCUGGCGCGGCAGUGGUACAAGCGAUCGCUCAAAGCCAUCGUGUACCUGCAGUGUUGCGUUCGGCGCAUGCGAGCCAAGCGUGAGUUCAAGAAGCUCAAGAUUGAGGCGCGAUCGGUCGAACACUUCAAAAAGCUCAACAUCGGCAUGGAGAACAAGAUCAUGCAACUGCAGAGGAGGAUAGACGAGCAGAAUAAAGAGAACCGUUCUCUCAGCGAGCGUUUGAGUGGUCUGGAGAUCAAUUAUGCUGCAGAAUCUGAGCGUCUGCGUGGGGAGCUGAAGCGUCUGCGAGGGGCGGAGGAGGAUGCCAAAAACAAUGCAAACAGAGUGACCUCUCUCCUGGAGGAGCUGGAGCGACUGCGCAAAGACCUGCAGAACACACAGAAAGAGAAGAAAGUCAUCGAGGACUGGGCGCGAACAUACCAGGACGAGAUGGAACAGAUGAUCUCAGAACUGAAGGAGCAAAACCACUUGCUGAAGAACGAGAAAGACGACCUGAACCGACUGAUCCAGGAGCAGAGCCAGCAUUGGACAGAGAAAAUGCAGAGAGCUCUAAAAGAGGAAACCCAGCAGUUAGAAAACGAUUUAAACGAGGAACGUUCUCGCUACCAGAACCUCCUUACCGAACACUUGCGACUCGAGGAGAAAUAUGACGAUUUGAAAGAGGAGAUCACUCUCACCAUGAAUGUUCCCAAACCUGGUCACAGACGCACAGACUCCACACACAGCAGCAACGGAUCAGACUGGACCUACAACUCUGAGUUUGCAGAGUCCGAGGAGGGGUCCCGUGUGGGGGAGGAUGUUUCCAAGUCAAUGGACAUGUCGCUCUUCCUGAAGCUGCAGAAGAGAGUGUCCGAACUCGAGCAGGAGAAACAAUCACUGCAGAACGAACUUGACCGCAGAGAAGAGAAGUUUCAGCGGGCUAGAGCCAGGGAUGAUGAGGAACAUAAGAAAGCUCGCAGUGCUGAGCUGGAGUAUGAAUCUCUCAAGCGUCAGGAGUUGGAGUCUGAGAAUAAGAAGCUGAAACAUCAUCUGAAUGAGAUGCGUCAGUCUCUGAGAGGAAGCGCUGAGGCCACUUCUGCCGCUCCUGGUUCUCCUGCGUACACUGUUCUGUUGGACCAGCUCAACUCCUCCAACGAAGAGCUGGAGGUGCGUAAGGAGGAGGUGCUCAUCCUGCGCUCUCAACUCGUCAGCCAGAAAGAGGCCAUGCAGCACAAGGAGACCAUGACUGAACCUCUGCCGUACAUUGAGGAUGUACAGAAGUUGACUGAUGCGAAGGAGAUCUCACAGGCCUACAUGGGACUGAAAGAGACCAACAGGUUGUUGGAGUCUCAGCUGCAGGCUCAGCGGCGCUCUCAUGAGAAUGAGGUGGAGGUUUUGCGUGGAGAGCUUCAGAGCGUUAAAGAGGACAAUAACCGUCAGCAGCAGCUGUUGGCGCAGAACCUGCAGCUUCCUCCAGAGGCCAGAAUCGAGGCCAGCCUGCAACACGAGAUCACUCGCCUCACCAACGAGAACCUGGAGCUUAACUCAGAUGACCCGAAGGAGUAUAAAGCCUACAGAAUCAGCAUGUUACGCAGGAUGGUUGAUCUCAUGGAGCAGCUGGAGAAACAGGACAAGACGGUCCGCAAACUGAAGAAACAGCUCAAAGUCUUCGCCAAGAAGAUAAACGACCUGGAAGGUGGUCAGAUGGAUGUGUCUCCAGGACAGACGACCGAUGAGCCUGUUCAUCCAGUGAACAUUCCACGCAGAGAGAAAGAUUUCCAGGGAAUGCUGGAAUACAAGAAAGAGGAUGAACUCAAACUGGUCAAAAACCUCAUACUGGAGCUCAAGCCUCGAGGUGUGGCGGUGAAUCUGAUUCCGGGUCUGCCAGCCUACAUCCUGUUCAUGUGUCUGCGGCAUGCUGAUUACGUUAAUGACGACCAGAAAGUGAGAUCUCUGCUCACCUCCAUCAUCAACAGCAUCAAGAAGAUACUCAAGAAACGAGGAGACGACUUUGAGACCGUUUCCUUCUGGUUGUCGAACACAUGUCGUUUUCUGCACUGCCUGAAACAGUACAGCGGAGAUGAUCAAUUCAUGAAGCAUAACUCCCCCAAACAGAACGAUCACUGUCUCUCCAACUUUGACCUGGCCGAAUACCGGCAGGUUCUGAGUGAUCUGGCCAUUCAGAUCUACCAGCAGCUCAUCAAGUGUAUGGAGAACAUCCUGCAGCCCAUGAUCGUCUCUGGGAUGCUGGAACAUGAAACCAUUCAGGGCGUGUCUGGGGUGAAGCCCACUGGUCUCCGUAAGAGGACGUCCAGUAUUGCUGAUGAGGGGACGUACACACUGGACUCCAUCAUCCGCCAGCUGAACACCUUCCACUCCAUCAUGUGUCAGCACGGCACUGACCCGGAGCUCAUCAAACAGGUGGUCAAACAGCAGUUCUACAUCAUUGGAGCCGUCACACUAAACAACCUGCUGCUGCGUAAAGACAUGUGCUCCUGGAGCAAGGGCAUGCAGAUCAGGUAUAAUGUUAGUCAGCUGGAGGAGUGGCUGAGAGAUAAGAACCUCAUGAUGUGUGGCGCUAAAGAGACGCUGGAGCCGCUCAUUCAGGCCGCUCAGUUGCUGCAGGUGAAGAAGAAAACUGAUGAAGAUGCUGAGGCCAUUUGCUCCAUGUGUAACACCCUCUCUACUGCACAGAUUGUGAAGGUGCUGAAUUUGUACACACCUGUCAAUGCAUUUGAAGAGCGCGUGUCAGUAAACUUCAUAAGAACAAUACAGACACGUUUACGGGAUCGAAAGGAGUCACCUCAGCUGCUGAUGGACACGAAACUCAUCUACCCCGUGACCUUCCCAUUUAACCCCUCCUCCCUAGCCCUGGAAACCAUUCAGAUCCCUGGCAGCCUAAAUCUGGCCUUCCUCACUCGUGUGUAG